AACUGAGAGCAAGUGUCUGCACAAGUGCUCCGGCGAGAGAAAGUGACAGGCGACGGAAAGAGCACUCAACAAGCCAUCAAGGAGAUAAGUAGACCCUAUUUAUGACUUAAAGACGGGGAAGAACAACCUUUGAUUUCUUCUUUUCAGCAUCUUGCUUGGUUUCUUUCCCCCAAUUUUUUAUUUAUUUUUUUUCUGCCCACCCCCACGCCCCCACAUUCUUGGUCCUUGGAAUUUCAUUGUGCGGCUUGGUCAGACAUGCCCACAAACGGGAUUAACAGAGCCCUCAAGCUCCAGUUUGGCCUCAUCAACUAUGAACACCGCUACCUGACAGCAGAGGCCUUUGGCUUCAAGGUGAACGCCUCAGGCACCAGCAUGAAGAAGAAACAGAUCUGGAUCUUGGAGCAGGACGAGCACGACGGCCAGGUGGUGUUCCUCCGCAGUCACUUGGGACGUUACCUGGCUUCCGACAAAGACGGGAAGAUCACAUGCGGGGCGGAAAGUCCUGACCCGGAGUGCCGGUUCCUGAUUGUGCCCCAGUCUGAUGGUCGCUGGGCGCUGCAAUCGGAGCCUUAUCUGCGUUACUUCGGAGGCUCGGCCGACUACCUGUCCUGCUUUGCCCAAGUGAUUGCCGAGCAAGAAUUGUGGGCCGUUCAUUUGGCUUUGCACCCGCAGGCCAGUCUGCUCAGUGUGGCACGGAAACGCUACGCCCAUCUGUCCGCUUCCGACGGAGAGAUCUCAGUGGACAGCAACAUUCCCUGGGGGGUGGACUCCUUGGUCACCUUAGUCUACCAGGAUGGCAAGUAUAGCCUGAAGACCUGUGACAGCCGUUUUCUCAGCAACGACGGCAAAUUAGUGAAGGAGAACACCAAUAUGACGAGCUUUACACUGGAGUUAAAAUCAGGCAAGCUGGCCUUCAAGGACUGUGACGGCAAAUAUCUGACCCCAGCGGGUCCCACGGGCACGCUGCGAUCUGGCCGAUGCUCCAAGCCGGGGAAAGAUGAGCUCUUCGACCUUGAGGAAAGUCACCCACAAGUCGUUUUUCAAGCUGCCAAUAAAAGAUUUGUCUCCGUCAAGCAAGGUGUGAGCAUUUCAGCCAAUCAAGAUGUGGAGACAGACAUGGAGACUUUCCAGAUGGAAAUUGACAAGAACAGCAAAAAAUCCAUGUUCAGAACCAAUGGCGGGUCCUAUUGGACUCUUGUGACUCACGGAGAGAUCCAGUCCACUGCAUCUGAAGCAGAGAUGAAUACAAUGUUUGAUAUUGAGUGGCGAGGACAAAGAGUGGCACUCAAGGCCAGCAAUGGGAAAUAUGUGUGCACAAAGAAGAACGGGCAGCUCUCAGCGGUGAGCGAUGCUGUAGGGGAGGAUGAAUUAUUCUUGAUGAAGCUCAUUAACCGACCCAUCCUGAUCCUACGCGGAGAAAAUGGCUUCGUGUGUCACCACAAGAACUCCAACACUCUAAACGCCAACCGAUCGGUCUACGACAUUUUCUCACUGAUAUUCAACGACGGAGCCUACAGUGUUAAAAGUGUGAAUGGAAAGUUCUGGUACGUCUCCAGCAGUGGCCUUGUGUGCUCAGAUGGAGAAAAGGCUGAAGAUUUUUUCUUGGAGUUCCUGGAACACGGGCGAAUAGCUAUCAAAGGUUCCAACGGCAAGUACCUUCGAGGAGACCAAGGAGGCACACUUAUGGGUGAUCGCACUUCUGUUGAUGCAUCCUCUCUCUGGGAGUACUAAAACCUCAUCAAGUCAGAGUCCUAACGGUCCACCAAGAUAAUAAGAUGAAGGAGCUGCUGCUGUCAGCUCCCACAAAGUGGAUUGGUUGGCUUACAUUUUCAUGCCAUGUUUUUAUACCAGCAGCCAGACCCCCAAUCCCAAUUCUAAAUUGAGAUAUUUAGAAGAGGUAUGGCUUCUUAUCUUGUUGUUUUUUUUCCCUUUCUUUCAAACGACCACGUCAUUGCCAACGUGAAAAAAAUUCAUAGCUAAUCCAAAUGUCUUUUUUUUUUAAGUUAAGGGCAACAAAGGUACAUCAUGUCCAAGUAGAUGGCCACAACGAUGACUACCUAAACCAAAAAAAUAAAAAAUAAAAUAAAAAUCAUCAUCGUUACAAGUGCUGCCUCUAUUUAGUUUGAAUGCCUUUCAAAUAUUAUUUGUAAAGCCGAAUGAUAAACCAAUGCCAAGAGUGGAACCACACAAUGUGACUAUCCAUCUCGGGAAAUGGAAAACAUAUUUCUGAAAAUUAAUUCAUUCAAAAUUCAUAAUUUCUCUCAACAACCAUAACAAAAAUUCAAUCCAAAAAAGCACAGAUCCAUUUCAAUACUCAAACAGGCACACUCUUAGUUUAGCUGACCUUAGCAUUAAACCCCACCACCCUUGUUUACAGCCGUUUUUUUUUGUCCAGUGCUUUGAAUUAUUUUGCUUUAUUAGCAGGCGUGGCCCCUAAACGUCACUCCAAGAAAUUGGUAAUGCCCCAUUGUUUUUAAAGACAGAGGCGCUAGUGCCAACGGAAUUUUCAUUUAUUUUAAUGGACCAUUUACAACUUCCAUAAAACACAGCAUCACACAAAUGAAGUGGACUUGUACAAAUGCAAUGUAUAAUUCCAAUGCUAAGAAGCAAUGUUCAGUAAAGAAAACUUGGCGGUAUCACUAAAAUAAAUGUGUGCUCAACACGUGCAGGAUUGGGAGAUUUGGGGUGGGGGGGGGGGGGGGGGGGGGGAAUUGCAAACAUUAAUACAAACAACAAGCAUGCACCAAAGGGGAAAGAAUGUAAAUUAUCGCUGGGUGUAUCUAGUGGGGAAAGUUUCUGCAUUGGGGCCUUAUACUGCACUCUACAGUACAAUUAGAACAUACUGUAAGAGUUAGGGAUAGGUAGUGCUGAUGAUGGAGAGGAGCUUCUAGUAGGGAUGGGCAAAAUUAUUGUUUGAGACUUAGCGGUAACCAGGAGACAGUUGAUUCAAUCUAUUUUGUGGUCUAAACAAGAACAAUAUGACUUCAGGUAGGCGAGCAGACCUCCAAUAUGGCACACGUCUGUUCUGCAUUACUCUGCCCAGUGCAGCAGUGGCAUGAAAAUUGGUGUUCGGAACAUUCCGAUGAAAUGCAAAACAACAAUUAAUUUAUCAUUAAUUUUUCCCUCAAGGAAUGAAAGACAUUUAGUCAAGUAUCCAUCCUGCACCAUGAGGGAGGUUGAUUGUGUUGGAAAGACUAUGGUUACCUCUGUGAAUGCUAAUAGGCAUUGCGUAUUUAUAUGGAGCACAGAAUUUACAAGAUCACAAAUCGAUCAUUGCAAAGUUUCCGAACACCCCUUCUGACAGUUCAGUAUGGCCGGUAGCGCGCUAAAAUUGAUUGUGCAAAUUAACUCUCCGAAAACAAUUGAUUCUAUCAAGAAUUCUGAACAUUUUAUAGCCCCUCCAGAUGUUCAUGGCUUGAUAGUAGGAGGCUCAAAAAUUGCUAAAUGCUAAAUUUGUGAGUAGCGAGUGUUAUGAUGGUACAAUUGACACUACCCAUUAAAUCUAACACUGUUUCAUCUUCCCCCUGGAGUUGGCAAUGCUGUUGAAAAGUGACACUGUGGGUGUAGCGUUCAAUAGAUCAAUCAUGGUGAAUGCCUUCCUUCAUCUCCACAAGCAUACUGUCCAUCAAACAUUUUUCUUGAAAUAAAACGUGUCGA